AUGCUGGUCUCAGAUUUCCUUACUUACUUUGCAAUAGAUGGUGGAGGGAUCAGAGGUUAUUCCAGUCUAUUGAUCCUUAAGGAAAUCAUGAAAGUGAUUGAAGACUUGGAAAAGCAAGAUGACGUUGCGGUAGACUCCAGCUUCCAUCCAGAGACUUACGUUGCUCCUCACAACAAAAGGAAAAACCCAUCGCCAGGCGGCGAGUCUUGUCGCUAUCUUCCUUGCCACUACUUCGACUAUGUUGGUGGCACUAGUACAGGGGGUCUCAUUGCGAUCAUGCUUGGAAGAUUGAGAAUGGGCAUCGACCAAUGCUUGGAAGAGUAUGAAAGCUUCGGAGGCGAGAUAUUCGGCCACCCAAGGUGGUUCUCAAUAAGAGGUCCCCUGCCCUCGUUCAAAGAGAAGUACAAUGGCAAGAGACUCCAGAGAGCCGUGGAAAACGUCGUGGAGAAUCGGUCGUCGCCAGAACAGAAAGCUGUCGGGGCCGGCUACUUCGGAUCUGCUAGAGAGCUGUGCAAGACUUAUAACAUCCCCAUAUGGCAAGUGGCACGGGCUACAACUGCAGCGCCAACAUACUUUGACCCCGUUCCUAUCCAGAAUAACACUUUCGGAGACGGUGGGCUCGGCUCGAAUAACCCUGUUCAGGAGAUAUUUUGGGAAGUCGCCACCAUGCAUGGAAACAAUGCCUCAGUUAUCAAUUUGGUCGUCAGCAUCGGAACCGGACAAGCAGAUUCUGUUAAGCUUCACCCCUCAGGACCGAAGAAAGUCAUUUCGUACUUUACUGCCACAAAAGCACUCGCAACGGAGUCCGAGCAAAAGCACGCGGCUAUGGGGGCACUCAUAGAGACUACGGAGAGCUCGGACGCAGUACAUUACCAGCGAUUUAACCUAUCGAGCGAACAAGGUUUGAAGAACAUGAAGCUGGACGAAUGGAAGAUAGAAGGGAAACGCCGGCUUACGAAACAUGGGUUUAAACGCCGAGAAGAGAGCACCCUCGAUAAGAUCAAGCGUCUGACCCAGAACUACUGCGCCAGUGAUGAAGUCCAGGAGGAUAUCCGUAAGGUGGCGCGGAAACUCGUGGAUCAUCGUCGGGCUCGAUGUUCCGACCAGAGAAAGUGGGAACUGUGGGCGACUGGGAUCCGUUAUCGGUGCACUGUGAAGAGGUGCGACAAAGCUCAAAAACUGAGGCCAUCAAAAGCUGAUCUCAAAUAUCAUAUCGAGAAAAUCCAUCCAAACUCUUUCCGGGGGAAGACGGAUAUUGAAAAAAGGUGCGUACUGGAGGAGUUGAUAAGAAAAGGCACUUGUCCGUAUUAG